AUGUCUGACCUUUUGGAAGAGCAUAUAAACUACGAAUCUAUCCAAAUAUUGGGCAAAAGAGGUAGGAAUACUUCACCUUUGGACCUUCAUAUCGAACAAAAAAAAGCUAGAGGAUGUGAGCAAGAAGGAGACUGGGAAGAAGUGAAAAGCAGAAAAGAGAAAUCCAAAGAAAUAAGAGGUAGUAUUGAAAUAUGUAUAACGUCUAAAGAGAAGUUCCCGAAACAGUUUGCCCUUGCCAAGUUAUUUAAAAAUCAGAACCUAAACACUGUGCGAGUAAAAAUAAUUGUAGAACUAUAUAGAGAAAAAGAUGCUGAUUUAUUGAUACAGUGUGAUCAUCUUGUGGAAUUGGGCUGGAGGUUUCAGCGACCAUUUGAAGUAGGACUCUCUUAUGGUGUAAUUAAGAACAUCGAAUUAGAUCUAUCAGAAAAAGAACUGUUAGAAUCUAUUUCUUGCUCAAUUGAGGUGGCCAACGUGAAACGACUCAAACGCAGAAAGCAGGGGGAUGGAGAAUCUGGCUGGACUGAAAGUGAAUCGGUACGAGUUGGUUUCAUAGGGUCUACGUUACUAUCGUAUCUGUGCACAUAUGACAUGCAAGUUAAGGUGGAGCCAUACCUAUUUCCUGUUACUCAGUGUUCGAGAUGCUGGCGCUUUGGGCACACCCUUAGAAUGUGUCCUUCAAAACGUAUAUACUGCCCCAAAUGUGGAGGUAAGCAUGCAAAUUGCGAAACAACAAUAUUUAAGUGUCUUAAUUGUACGAAAAAUCAUAUGGCAUUGAAUCGUCAGUGUCCAAAAUAUAUAAAGGAGAAGAAGUUACGGGAAAUAAUGGCUGAAUUUAAUGUUUCAUACAGGAAGGCUAUGGCAAUGUAUGUACCGCCCGAAACACCUACUUAUGUGCCAACUCAAUCGCCAAUGCCCCGUUUAGACGAAACUUUAAAAAAAGCUGACUGGGUGAAGUAUCGUCAGGUAAUAGAAGAGGAGUGCGCUCAUUUCGAAAUUUCAAGUAACCCACAAGAAGCCUAUGAUGAUUUUAUCACUUUCUUGUUCAAAGCCGCAGAAGCAAGUAUUCCAUUUAUUAAAAUAUGCCGAAAUCCCAAGGCUAAUUUUAUUCCGAAGCCAUAUUGGACUCCUGAUCUGUCUCACGCUGUUGCAGAGAGACGGCUAGAACUUAAAACAUUUAGACAGAAUCCCACACCGGCUAAUUUAAAUAGUUUGCGGGAAAAAACUCGCAAGGCUCAAAAACUAAUUAGAAACGCUAAAAGUAAAGUAUGGUGGGAAUUUUGUACGUCCUUGAAUGAAAUAUCUUCAGCUUCUGAAAUGUGGAGAAAAAUUCAGUGGUUAAAAGGUUAUAGAUCAGUUAAACCACAAAUUGAAAAAAGUAUUGCUGAGUCAUUAUUAUGCAACUUAACCCCUGACUAUGUAAAUCAACCCUACCCAGGUUACACAUCUCAAAAUCCUAAAUUAGAAACCGAAAUAUCUAGAUCGGAACUUUAUAAAUGUUUAAAAUCUAAAGACAUGUGCCCGGGCGCAGAUGAUAUCUCUUAUUCAAUGUUACUUAAUUUACCUAUAGUGGGCCAAAACGUUUUACUCAAUCUUUAUAAUAUAUUUUUUACACAAAGCUUUGCUCCAUACCAAUGGCGACAUGUUCGCAUUAUACCUAUACCUAAGUCGGGCAGGAACACUAGUUGUACUUCAUCUCUUAAACCUAUUUCUCUUAUUUCGUGCUUAUCUAAAGUAUUUCAUGCCAUUAUCAAUAACCGUAUAGAGUGGUCUAUUGAAAACAAAAAAACUACUUUCUGA